CCUUUCCCGGCACAGUACUCACAGGAACGGUCUCACCAUGAACAGCAAGGUUCUCUUCGUCCUGGCUCUAGUGGCCGUCGCAGCCGCCGACAAGCGCCCCCGCCCCUCGUACGGCGCCCCACCCCCGCCCCCGCCCCAGCCCUCCUACAGCGCCCCCCAGCCCGUGUACUCCGCCCCGGAGUCCUCUGAGGAGUUCGAGCCCCCGAAAUACAACUUCGAGUGGGAGGUGAAGGACCAGUACUCCGGCAACGACUUCGAGCACCAGGAGGAACGCGACGAUGACAACACCCAGGGCGCGUACUCCGUUCAGCUCCCCGACGGGCGGCUCCAGCGGGUAACCUACUAUGUAAACGGCGACUCCGGCUACAUCGCUGAGGUCACCUACGAGGGCGAGGCAGAGUACCCGUCCGCAGAGUCCAGGGAGUCUUACGGUCCCCCCCAGCCAUCCUACUCCGCCCCUGAGUCCGAGGAGUCCGUCGAGGCCCCAGUCUACUCCCCCCCUCGGCCGCAGUAUGCCCCACCCCAGCCCUCCUACUCCCCACCACAGAGGACCUACGGCAGACCCCAGUAAGGCCAGCUCGAACCUCGCCUCCGUCCCCCCUCUGCCUGAUGACGCUCUCCACCCCACGCCUUGGAUGACCUGACCUCUGACCUCACCGCGUAUUCAGGAUGUUUUUUUUUCCCACGUGUGUUGGUUUUCGCUUUGCUUCCUUAUGUUUUUCCUUCUUUUUAUUUACUUUUUUCUGUUUUCUUUCGUUUUUUCCCUGUGGUGUUUUCUUUUCGCUGUUUUCUUUCAUUUUUUUCUUUCCUGUAUCGACUCAUUCUUUGCUGUCUUCUCCUUUUCCUGUCUUUUCUUCCAUCACUCUUCCCUCGUUCUUUCACUAAUACUUUCGAUGUCUUUCCUUUACUUUCCUUUCCUAUUUUGGCUUAUUCUUACGCCCUUCAGUUCUUACGUUCUACUCUCUGUAUUCAUGUCUUCCUUUUCUACGUCCAUCCUCCUUCUAUCAUAACCUUCUAUCUUUCUUCUCUCUUCCAUCUCGCUCCUCUUCCCCUCGUCUCGCGCCCCUCCCUACCCUUCCCCUCCCUCAAGGCUCGUCAUUGUAUAUACCAUUAUGCAAAGUGAUAUGUAUUGUGUAUUUAUGGACACCGGCGCUGGAUAAAAGUGGUGUUGUAUUUAUUCGAUUAAACUCUACGCAUUCUA